AUGGAAUCUAUCGGGAUCAAGAACUUGUCCAAGUAUGACGUACUUAUCAUUGGAGCAGGCUUGUCAGGUAUAUGUAGCCUUCACCACAUUCGCCAGCGCUUUCCCUCGUGGCGUGUGAAGGUGCUUGAAGCCGGUUCUGAUGUCGGCGGGACUUGGUACUGGAAUCGCUAUCCUGGAGCACGAUUUGACUCCGAGUCCAUAUCCUACGGGUUUUCGUGGGAUCAAGACCUCCUAAAUGAAUGGCACUGGAAAGAAGCAUUUUCACCCCAGCCGGAAACAUUACGAUAUAUCCAGCAUGUUGCUAAGAAACAUGACCUCUACAGGGAUAUCCAAUUCAACACUCGGAUCGUCUCUGCAACGUGGCAAGACAGUGGCUCCGAGGAUAAUGGGCAUACCUGGACCUUCACAGAUACCACAGGGACUCAGUAUCGCACAACCUUCUUUAUUAGCUGCCUUGGCUUCCUUUCCUCUCCGACACUGCCCAAUAUAUCUGGAAUUGAAACCUUUUCAGGUCAAUCGUUCCACACCUCCCGCUGGCCCGACAACUUCGAUAUGAGCGAGUUUACCAAUAAGCGUGUUGGGGUCAUAGGUACGGGAGCUACAGGAAUCCAAACCAUCACGGAACUUGCCAAGGCACCCCUUAAGUCGCUGAGCGUGUUUCAACGAACAGCGAACUGGUCAGCUCCACUCAGAAACACUAAAAUCACCGUUGAGGAAAUGUCCAAGAUCCGGCAAGGCUACGCAUCUGUUUUCCAGCAAUGUGCAGAGACACCAAUGGGAUUUUUACACCAGGCAGACCCGCGCAGGUCCGGAGAUGUUGACAACACCGAGCGUACAGAGUUAUGGAAUAAGCUGUACGCACAACCUGGCUUUGGCAAGUGGCUAGGGGUAUUUCAAGAUACGUAUACAGACCGGGAAGCCAACAAGCUGUACUCGGACUUUAUGGCGCAAAAGAUUCGCGAUCGGGUCUCUGAUCCCACUACUGCGGACGACCUAAUCCCUACAAACCAUGGUUUUGGCCUUCGACGAGUCCCCCUUGAGAGCGGAUACUUUGAGGCCUUCAAUCAGCCCAACGUACACUUAGUUAACCUACAAAAAACACCCAUUGACUGUAUCACGCCCACCGGAAUCACAACAUUAGAUGGCAAAUCUCACGACCUUGAUGUACUGAUCUUCGCAACUGGCUUUGACGCUAUCACUGGCGCUUUUCGAGAAAUCAAGUGGUCGGUUAAAAACAAGAGGCCACUCCUGGGCUACAGUACCAGCACAACAGUACCGGGUAAGGACGCGGUGUGGAUUGACCACCAGCCCAAGACCUUUCUAGGCCUUACCCUGCCUUCUUGUCCUAAUAUGUUCAUGGUGCUCGGACCGCACCAACCGUUCGGUAACGCCACCCGGAGCAUUGAGCACGCCGUGGACGUUAUCAGCCAACUGCUCCAGCACUGUAGCGACAACAAUUACACGUACGUCGAACCAACAGAUGCAGCGGUGCGUGAGUGGACGGAACACGUAGCACAAUGUAGCCAGGGGUUGCUCUCGAACGACGUUGACAGUUGGAUGACGGGUGUGAACAAGAACAUCGCAGGCAAAGCGACGCGGAGUGUGGCGAGGUACGCAGGGAGUGCUGUCGAGUAUCGCCGUCGAUGUGAGGAAUGUCGACUACAUGGUUGGAAGGGGCUUGCCUUCCGAACUACUGCCAACGCUGUUCACAUUGCUCCGAGGCCACGUGCAGAGAUGGCACAAAGCAGGCUGUGA